GGGUAAGAUGGCUGCAGUGCGUGUGCUGAGGACCUGGAGCCAGAAUGCUGGGCGGCUGAUUUGUGUUCGCUACUUUCAGACAUGUAUGAAUGUUCAUGUUUUGAAGCCAAAAUAUGUGUAUUUCUUUGGUUAUCCUUCAUUCAAGUAUAGUCAUCCACAUCAGUUGCUGAAAACAACUGCUGCUCUGCAAGGACAGAUUGUUCAAUUCAAACUCUCAGACAUCGGAGAAGGGAUUAGAGAAGUAACUAUUAAAGAAUGGUAUGUAAAAGAAGGAGAUACAGUGUCUCAGUUUGAUAGCAUCUGUGAAGUUCAAAGUGAUAAAGCUUCUGUUACUAUCACUAGUCGUUAUGAUGGAGUCAUUAAAAAACUGUAUUAUAAUCUAGACGAUAUUGCCUAUGUGGGAAAGCCAUUAGUAGACAUAGAAACGGAAGCUUUAAAAGAUUCAGAAGAAGAUGUGGUUGAAACUCCUGCUGUGUCACAUGAUGAACACACACACCAAGAGAUAAAGGGCCAAAAAACACUGGCAACUCCUGCAGUUCGCCGCCUAGCAAUGGAAAACAAUAUUAAGCUGAGUGAAGUUGUUGGCUCAGGAAAAGAUGGCAGAAUACUUAAAGAAGAUAUUCUCAACUAUUUGGAAAAGCAGACUGGAGCUAUAUUACCUCCUUCGCCAAAAGCUGAAAUAGUGCCACCUCCACCAAAACCAAAAGACAGAACUAUUCCUAUACCAAUAUCAAAACCUCCAGUAUUCACAGGCAAAGAUAAAACAGAACCCAUAAAAGGCUUUCACAAAGCAAUGGUCAAGACCAUGUCUGCAGCCCUGAAGAUACCUCACUUUGGAUAUUGUGAUGAAGUUGACCUUACUGAACUGGUUAAGUUAAGAGAAGAAUUAAAACCCAUUGCUUUUGCUCGUGGAAUUAAACUCACCUUUAUGCCCUUCUUCUUAAAGGCUGCUUCCUUGGGACUACUACAGUUUCCUAUCCUUAAUGCUUCUGUGGAUGAAAACUGCCAGAACAUAACUUAUAAGGCUUCUCACAACAUUGGGAUAGCAAUGGAUACUGAGCAGGGUUUGAUUGUCCCUAAUGUGAAAAACGUCCAGAUCUGCUCCAUAUUUGAGAUCGCCACUGAGUUGAACCGCCUUCAGAAAUUGGGCUCUGCAGGUCAGCUCAGUACCACUGAUCUUACAGGAGGAACAUUUACUCUUUCCAACAUUGGAUCAAUUGGUGGUACCUAUGCCAAACCAGUGAUACUGCCACCUGAAGUAGCAAUUGGGGCUCUUGGAUCAAUUAAGGCCCUUCCCCGAUUUAACCAGGAAGGAGAAGUAUAUAAAGCACAGAUAAUGAAUGUGAGCUGGUCAGCUGAUCACAGAAUUAUUGAUGGUGCUACAAUGUCACGCUUCUCUAAUCUGUGGAAAUCCUACUUAGAAAACCCAGCUUUUAUGCUACUUGAUCUGAAAUGAAGAUCGAUGGGAUAUUAUUGAACUUUUUGAGCUUCCAAAGAAUAUGUAGAGCCUAGCUGUGCAACACAUGUUCUUCAUCACAAUUUGUAUUAGAAAUGAUUUGUAUUGUAUAAUUAAGGUUCCAAGGCACAAUAUUUAUCUCUGUUCUGUUAGACAUUUUACUGAAAAUGAAUGAUGGUGUAAGAGUUCUCCUGGGGCUGUCACAUUUUAUAGGUCAUGGUAUCACUUCUUAAUAUGGUGUGAGGUCUUUGUGUCCAUGGGUUGAAACUAGCAAGAACAACAACAUUA